AUGAGCCAGCUACUAAAAUACGAAUACUACGACACGCCCGAGGGGCAGGAUAUCUUUAUGAAGACAUUUGCUAUCUCUAAAUACGCAGCACUGGCUGGCACGGCUUUGGCAUCAAUGGAUGUCCUGAUGUAUUCUCAUCCCAAGGGUUUUGCGGCUACGGCAGGCAGGUUUGCUUGGUUUUUAGGUCCAAUGGUGGGAAUGGCUGCUGGAUUCGCCGUGACUGCGAACACAGUUCAGAACAUAAGAGGAAAGAACGAUAAAUUGAACUAUUUCUUGGGUGGAGUAGUCUCAGGCAGUAUUUUCACUGCAUGGAUGAGAGCUGGUGUCAUCGCCGUGCCUGCCGCCGUGAUCCUGGGUGCCGCGGCUGUAGUAAAGAAAACUUCAAUUGAAGAAGGCUGGUCAUUCUUCCCAUCUGUACCACAUGCUACUCAGUCAGCAAGAUCAGUCAAAUAUGACUGGACCAUGGUCAAAGAUAUAGAUGAACUUAAGAACUUUACUGCAGGCUCCAACUAA